AAUAAGUCAGCAUGGAAAUCGCAGAAAAUUUAAAUAAUUUAUUAUAUAAUGUUUGUGAUAUUGUUCACAAUAUAAACGCGACAGUUGGUGCAUAUACAAAAACAAAUGCAAUGAUUUAUAAACAAAUUCAAAAUAUUCAAAAUCAACAAAUAAGAAUGCUUUCUUCAAUGAUUGCUAGAAAGCAAAGGAAGUGCUGGACUUUGAAAAGAGCGAAGAAGUUUUGGGAAGAAGAUUGCCAAAAAAAUGGCCCUGAGUUCUUUAAAGAAAAUUUUCGCAUGAGCAUUGAAUCUUUCAAUGAGCUAUGCCAUCUUUUGAAAAAUCUGCAAAAGCAAGACACCAGCUUUAGGUAUGCAAUUUGUUUGAGAAAACGAAUUGCAAUUGCACUUUACUGUCUUGGCUCAUCAGCUGAAUUCAGAAGCAUUGCAAAUAUGUUUGACAUUCUACUUAAAAAGGCUAUUUCUCUAAGAUCUCUGGAUGAUCCUGGUCCAAUAUAG